GUUGUGAUAAAAUCAUAUGACUGAGUCUGAGACCUGAGUCCUGUGAGUGGGUCCUGAGAAGUAGUCACUUGUGUAGCCUACCUGAGCCUACAACAAAUAUAUCAAGCAAAAAUGGCUAUAUCGGCAGCAAGAGGAAAACUAAUUGCCGUUAUUGGCGACGAGGACACGUGUGUUGGCUUCGUUCUUGGUGGCGUUGGGGAGCUGAACAAAACCAAACAGUCAAACUACAUGGUUGUGGAUAAAAACUCCAGCAUUGGAGAGAUUGAAGAAACAUUCAGGAGUUUUCUCAGACGUGAAGACAUCGGAAUCGUUCUCAUCAAUCAAAAUGUAGCUGAGAUGAUCCGCCACGUCAUCGACGCCCAUGACCUUCCUAUUCCCGCGGUGCUGGAGAUUCCGAGCAAAGAUGCACCCUAUGACCCUUCCAAGGACUCCAUUCUGAGGAGAGCAAAGGGCAUGUUCUCAAGUGAAGACUUCCGGUGAGGCAGACGAUGCGGUUAGGAUCUACUUCAAAAUUCCCUAUGUUUUACUUCAUCUUACAGUGACCCUGUAUUGUAACAUAUGUAAGCAGUACCAUGAUGAACACACUGUAGGUGUCAUUCAUUCAUUCCUUCCCUCAUUGGUUUCUCUUUUGUAUAUGAGGUAAUGCUUGGUUUAUAAACAACAUUUAGCCAGUGUGUAUAGAAAAUUUAAAAAAACAGAAUUUUAGUGUUACGUGUCUAGUCAUGUAGAAUGUAAAUGUCAGUCGUACUCUUGUUUUGAGUGACUAUCAGAGAGAGAGAGAAAGAGAGAGAGAUGGUUUAUUAUGUGAUAUGUACAGGUUUAGUUGAUUUUUUGUUGCAUGAACAGCUGUCCUCGGAAGAGUUAACUAUUGUACUCCUUUGUUUAUGUCAUGGAUAGUUUUGUCUGUCCAGAGUAUUUGUACUAAAUGUUUUCUUAGGUGAUACUUCUGAUACUUUACAAAUGAACGUUUAACAGAAAUUCUAAGCAUAGGUGUGUGAAAGAGAUUUGAAACUGUAUUAAGUUUCGACUGGUCAGCGUAAGACUCCGUCAUACGUCACUUUUCAAAAUGGGGUAUAAUAUUAUUUGUUUGUUUAUAAGCAUUUAUUUGUAUUUUGAUGAAUGAAAAAGUUGGUUCUCUUUUAUUUCUACUGCAUUCAUUGUAUUGUUUUGAACAAAAUAGAUUUCCAGCCCUCACUUGUCUAUCUGUCAAUUUGAAAAAAAGUUUGGUGACCCCUGUUGUAGAAUUCAUUGAUCAGAAUAUGAUACCUAGAUGUCUAGUCUGAUAUAUUUGUGUGUUCACAUCACAUUUACAGAUAACAGAGUUCACUACUGCAAGUGACAGAAUGUGUGAGUGGGACAGUUUUUGUGUUUGGUAAAAAAUGAUGGAUAAAAAAAAAAUGUUCCAGUUGUGAGUUGUGAUUGAUGGUAACGUAAAGGUUAUAAUCCACUUUGUUUUUUUAAGAAUACAAUUGCAUUCUUUACUAAUUUACUGUUGAAAAGAAUGUUGUUUGCACAAUUAACCACAAUGUUUUCAGUUUGUGUAUCCUGAUAGACAUUGUUUAGUAAGUUGCUGCAUGAUCACAUCUCAUUCUCGAUUUUGGUUUUAAUUAGUAAUAGCAACUAAAUUUGGUUCAUCAUUAAUUAUUGCCGUUAAGUCGUAUUUGUUGUAAGUCAAAGGAUUAGCUGAAUAAAAGCAUGUGGCACAAAAGAAUAUUCAUAAUGUGAAUUCUAUGCAUUGAUGAACCUUACCUGAACUAUUUAUAAUUCAUUGGAGGCUUUUGUUAUAAAGUAUAGUGUAAACUGACAUAGAAUUACUUGUUAUCAUUCUUCAAAUUUGAUUAACAGAGAAAAAGUCCAGUCUAAAGUCUGUAUUAUUUUUUUUUAAUCUUUUGAAGUGAAUUUACUUUGAUCAGAUCUCUCUUAACUGAUUGUCUGCUCACUGCAUAAUGAUUUAUUUCAUAGACAGGGCUAAUGUUUUGUGCUGGUAGUUCAUCUGGAAUUUUUGCGUUUCACUGUCUCUGGCAUUUGAUAAUGAUCUGGCAAUGUCUGUGUUUAAAUGUAGAGAGGGAUGCUUUUUUUAGUGGUGACUGAAUGGUAUAAUUUCCAAUAAAAUUUUUGUCUCUGUA